CUCUGGGCCAUGGCCGUCUCGGCUCCGGCUGCCUCCCGGCUGCUUCCCGGUCUUUCCCGCUCUCCUCGCCGAUAAAUUCGAUCGUUGCCCACCGACUUUCUCGAUCGCCGUCGUCCUGCACACGCUUGUCCAUCCCCCCCUCCCCAGUGCUCUGCCGCGUCGCCCUAAUCUCGCCUGCCCGUCAUGAGCAGCACCACCACGAGCGGCAACUUAAACAACAACAACGGCGCCCUUAUCGCCGUCGGUGUCCUUGGCGCUGCCCUGCAAAGAACCAUCAACGGCGGCGCCUUGUCUGAGAACUUGACAUCCAUUGCCAUCAGCAUCUUUAGCUUCGUCUUUCUGGUGAAGACCCUGGAAAUGCCCUCUGCCGACUGCGGCAUCUUCAUCCAACCCGAGUCGACAGACAAGGCCCAAGGAUGGCUUGGCAAAGUCUACCAACGGGUCAUACUUGGCUGGCUGAACGAGUCCGGCAUCAUGUGCAGCGUGCACACCUUGGCGCCUCCAACCUGCCAGAGUAGACAAAAGCCAAACCCAGAUGAGAAAGGCUCGCCCCAGACUCAAGCUGGCUCGCCUCAGACCGAAGCCAACUCACACCCGACCCAGGCGAGCUCGUCUCAGGCCCAGCCCCAUCCUCCCCAGCCUGGACUUGCCUCUUCCCAAGCGCCACCAGGCCCGCCCUUGACAAAAAGCGACGUCCCGAGCACUUCAGACGAUAAUGAAGAACUGGAGAGCAAGGAAGCGGAGGCAGGAAGGUGGGCGCAUGCCAGCUACGGCAUGUUGAAACACAUUUACUCCGGCUCGAACAGAGUCGGAGCGUAUCAAAAUGAACAGACUGCAAAUAACGAGAACAAGUAUAUGAUAUCAAGCUAUGCUAGCAAAAUCCGUAUUAUGACCCGCCAGCAGCUCAUCAAUAUGGUGGAUUACUUAUGGGAAAAUGCGCUCAAAUCUCCCAAGAGCGGAAUCGACGUUUGGGGCGAGCGUCUAGUAAGCGACCUCAAGGCUUGGCAAGGCGAAGCACAGAUAUCCACCUCCGAACCCGACCUGAUUUGGAGAGCCCACAAGCGCGCCAUUUCGGCUAUGGCCAGCUCCAUCCGACUGGCUCUUAAGGAUAUAUCUCGGGAGCAUGCCACCGAUGACCAGGGACAGGCCGCUUUGCCACAACCAAGUACCCCCGAUGGCUCUGCGAGCCCUGGCACCGGUGGUGAAUCCAACAGCAAUGUAUCUGCAACUGAUGCUCUGCCUCAGGACCCGAAGGAUUUAUUGAGGUGGCUGUUCAAAGAUAACAUAGCUUCAGGCUCAAACAGCGCUUUGAGCGUAUCCGAUGACUUCACCAACGUAUCGAUUGAUCUGCUCAGGCACUAUAUGGCCUACAAGGCAGCGAAGUAUACCCUCGAGCGUCUCAACGAGAAUGGUCCGAAGCGUAUGUACUUUGUCGUUGCAGGAUACAGCCGAGACUCGCUCUCGAACCUGCUCAACACUCUGGGAAUGCGGGACCCUGUAAACGACCUCCGGAAGGCUCACUCCGAGCACAUCGGUGAGGGCGGUCCCUUCUCAAGCAAAAAGACCUAUGAAUGGUGGACUGGCGCUUUGCAGUGUCUCCUUGAAGCCGCUGUGGCAGCCGUGCUCACUGCUGUACUGGGCCUGGGCCCCUUGAUCUCGAUGAGUGCCGCUCGACUAUUCCUCGUCCGAGCCAACUUUGUUCCUUCGGGAGCGCCUUGUGCCGAUCACUUUAUCGACGAAGCCGAAGUCUUUUCCGUCGGAAGCGGUCGUGACGAGUGGUGGGCUCUCAUCAAACGGCGCCCUGCUGAGUAUGUGCUCAACCAACUCGGCCUGCUUGCUCUCGUGGAGCUCAGCCUCGUGAUCGCUGUGUGGUUCCUGGUUGAAAAUCAGCACAGCUCGAUCGGGUACGUCUAUGUUUGUGAGACUUUCCCAAACAUACUUCCCAAAGUCAUUGCCAUUUUUGCCUCGGUCCUGAUCCUGGCAGCUGGCUUGGCUCUGAUUGCGCCCAAGAGUAUCCGCACCAGGGCCCAAUCGCUCUAUUACCAUGAGGAAAAACACUCACUCGCAGUCAAAGUUAAAAAAAAUAACAGCAAAACAGUCAAGCCUCCCCAGAGCGAUGCCGGACAAAACGAUGUCGACGGUAACGGCCAUAAUCAGAGUGGAUCCAACGAGGCAGUUAUCAAGAUGAGUGAGACCCAGAGCAAUCGAAACUCCGAAAGCAUUCCUCUGGUUGAAACCACCGCUCAGCCGAACAGAUCCGACCAAGAGUAUAGUCGAUCUAUUCUCGAAGAUUACGAAACCACAAGCUUCGAGUACCUUUACUUCGCCUUUUGUCUCGUGCUUGCGGUGUUGGUAUGCCUGUCGACGUUCCUGCUCAAAUCGCCCUUCACUCAGUGGGUGUAUGAGUUUGCCGCCUUGAUCCUCUGGAUGUAUGGCGAAACUAUCAAGCCACAUAUGCGAAAGGGUCGAAAUAUCGUGACCCACGAGGUCGCAGCAUAUUUCAUAGCGUUCAUCAGUCUCCUUAUCGGCGCCACAUGCGCCCCGUUGGCUCCAAAGGUGCUCAACUUGAUUCCGUGAGAGCCCGAUCGAAGUUGGUCAUGUCGCCAGUGCAAAGUCUGCACCGCAACCUGGUGGUUCCUGUCCUGCUGUGCACCUUCCACCCUUGGCCAUCGUCAAGUCAUCCAACAGCACCUAUUGGGUGCAUGGCAUUAUCAAAUGCACUCCACCGACGAGGGAACCAUCGCAGGCGUGUCCGUAUAUUGUAUAGUCAGGAAGUUGUCUGUAUUGGGCGAGAAGCCUUCGAACAUGAUUCCUCGUUUUUAUUUCAAAGGUAUGUCUCCGGGACACUUGAAACGUCAAAGCCGACGAAAUAUAUCAGCAUCAGGAUCAG